AUGACUGAGACACCUAGCUCGAGCGGUGGCACCGAGACGCCCAAGACAUACACGGCCUUUUUCUACGGUAACAUGGCCUCCGAGGUCUUCUUCACAGUCUGUUUCCGUAUGGCCGACCCCCCGCAAGCGCUUAAGUCCGAGUACACAUUCCGUCCUGCUAUUCUGCAUGGUUACUGUCGACGAAGGGUCAAGAACGCCGACUAUCCAGGUAUUGUACCAGAUGCGGAGCACACGGUACGCGGGACCUACGUCACAGGCUUGACAGAGGCCAACAUGGUCAAGCUCGACUUUUUUGAGGGUAGUGAGUAUGACCGUCUACCGGUCAAGGUCAAGCUGCUGGACAAGGUCGGUGACGACAAGGGUGAAGGCAACGUCGAGGGCGCCGAGGUCGAAACCACGACGUAUGUCUUCAAGGACAAGGCUCUGCUCGAGGACAAGGAGUGGGAUUUCGACCACUUUCGCAACGAGCGCAUGAAGCACUGGACAAGGGAGGACUACUGCUUCUCUGGCGGCGAGCCGGUGGACGCUCUGGGGAAACAUGAGCUUCACGAUCAGCCCUGGAGGUCCGAAGGGAUGGAACGGGCUGUUGCAGGCGGUAGCAGCUGUAGCUCAGCUGUGAAGAGGCGCCUUUAG